CCCACCUCCAUGUUAUGACUUUUGACAUUUGACAUUUAAAAUAUUUUUUAUUUUGUAGUGUAUGACAAGAGUACAAAUCUUUUUAUUUGAAUAAAUUGAAAAUAGUUUAAAAUGUCCUUAAUAUUCAGGUUAGCUGGCCAAAGAUGUAACAGUCAAUUUUUAAAAAAUAGCAAUGGAUUGAUCAGUUGCAUUCGACCAGUAACUUUAAAAGCAACAAAUGUUUCACCCCCCAGCAAGGAAGGUCAUGAUGAACGUAAUAUGAAACUGAAAAGACCUCAGUCACCCCAUUUAACAAUUUAUGCACCUCAACUUACUAGUCUUUUAUCAAUUAGUCACAGAGCUACAGGUAUAGUAUUGUCGGGGUAUGCUAUUGGAUUGGGUUUAGGUGCUAUUGUUUUACCAGAAUCUAUUCCCCAUUAUAUUGAUUGCUUGCAUGAAAUGGGCCCAGCAGCUGUUAGUUUUGUAAAAUUCAGUUUAUCUUUUCCAAUGGCCUAUCAUUUCUGGAAUGGUAUUCGCCAUUUAAUUUGGGAUACUGGAAAAAUGCUUACUAUUCCACAAGUUUACACAACUGGAUACAUCAUGUUAGCAGUUACCUUUGCAACAGCUGGAUUUCUCACUGUAAUGUAACUGGUUCCAGUAUUCAUAUAUUUAAUGGUAUUGAUAAAUAUUUAUUAUAAAUUAUUUUGAUUGUUAUACCUAUUAUGUUAUAUUUCAUACAAUAAAGUUUUCU